AUGACCAAACUCUCCGCCGCGACCGCUACAAACCCCACAAACCUCCCACCUCGCUAUGAGAUCCGGAGACUGACAGAGGAGCAUAUCGAGUGGGUCAAGGCGAUCGUGCUCCACUCCAACAUGUUCUACUCCCCAGUGUGGCCGGUGUGUUACCCGGAAGCGAAGACGGCACGGCUCUACCGGGGAUUCGGUGCGGUGGACUACCUGAUCCGCCAUCAGAUCGAGUCAGGCCACAGCUUUGGCGUCUUCGACCUGGAGUACAAGUUCAAGCGAGACGAGUCGAAAUCGACUGGCGGGAAACUGUACUGGGACUUGAAGGACGAGACGCUCGACCAAGAUCAGCUCCUGCAGCAGAUGGACUUCCCGCUGGUCAGCGUUGCGCUGGCGUACGACGGACUGCACGAACUGGACAUGGAGAAGAUCAUGCCUUUGAUCGAGUGCCUCCCGCUGUUUGGCGCCGUCUACCACGUGCUCGAGGAGUCGGACCCUCGCGAGGCCGCCAGCUGGAAACCUACGGGGGAGAAACAGGUCCUGAUGCGCAACGCCACGAGCACCCGACACGACGCAGAGGGGAAUGGCAUCAUGAAGGCCCUGGCCCAAUUCCUGAUGCGCUACGCCGCCGAGCAGGGGUUCCGCGGCAUCCAGAUCGAAUGUCUCGCCGACGCCGUCACCAAAGUGUGGUCCCAGCCCCCGGCACCUUUCAAAAGCACCAUCGUCGCCGAGUUCAACACGCAGGACUAUGAGGAAGAGGUCGAGGUUGACGGUGUCAAGAAGAAGGUCAAGCCUUUUGGGGAGGCCAAGCAGAGAGCCACCAAGGUCUAUUGCGAGCUGAAACCCACCCAGAACGGGCACGCAAAUGGACUUGCACCUGCAGCGGUCCCGGCAGUGGGAGCCCUCGGUUGA